ACAGCAGAAAUAAACCGCAGCAUUUAAUGAAAGGUUAAACUGUAUCAAUUAUUAAUAGCAUCAAAAAAGUCUACACGCGACCGACUUAACAUGCUUCGUCUUUAAAUGUACGAAGUAAACAAGGACUUUGAAAUCUCAUUAAUAUCGAUAUCUACUCCGCCUGUUGUUUUGUGAGAGGUGUGAAAAGAUUUACCCUCAUCCAAGAUGCCAGGAAUCAAAAUUCGUGAGGAAGACCGACAGAAAAUUCACUCAAGGUAUUUUUGUGGUUACUGUAAUCUUCUCAUGGUCAAUCCAAUCCAAACCACUUGUGGACACUUGUUUUGUCAAGCUUGUUUUGACAUCCUGCUCGGAGGUCCUGAUCCCAAAUGUUCUAAAGAUCAAGAAAAAUUAAGCAAGAAAAACGCUUUCCCGGACAAUUGCACAAAACGUGAGUUGAAAAGUAUUCGUUUACAUUGUCCCUCUGAACAAUGCAAAUGGUUUGGUGCUUAUGAAGAAUUGGAAGGUCAUUUUGCAGUUUGUGAGCAUGCGCUCAUCAACUGUAUCCACAAGCAAUGUAACAUUCAGUUGCCUCGCUCUCUUCUUGGUGAACAUUUGAAGAAUGAAUGUGAAUAUCGAAAUGUGAAAUGUGAAUAUUGUGGUAAAGAUGUCCCGUAUGCUUCACUUAAGAAGCUCAAAGAAAUAAUGUGUGAGAACUAUCGAGUGGUUUGCAAAUAUUGUUUUCCCUUGAUACCAAGCAAAGAAAUGGAACAUGAUGAAAGUACGAUGGGUGAUGAAGUGCCGACGAAAUGUGAAUUUCAAGCCAUUGUAUGCAACCAUGAUAAAACUUUAAAACGAAAGAAGAUCAGACAACCAGGAGCGGAUCUAGGAUUUUCUAAACAUCAGUCAUGGAAGGCCGGAGGCAUUCCCCACCAUGAAAUCACAAGUGGUGAUGAUGCUAAUGCUAAAGAUGUCGGAAAUUCUCCUGGUGUUGAAAAUACAAAACAAGAAGAGUGGAAAUACAUUGGUGAAUCAACGAAACAUGAAAAAUUGUUUUUAAAAUUGAUUGAAUAUGGACGCAAUUCCAGCGUUCAUGUUAAAGAGGUGGGCAAUGUACGAGUAAUUUUUUCAAAAGAGUUUUGCAUUGGCAAAGGAAGUGGUGCAACCCGUGUUUAUCUUGGACUGGGUAAGGAUGGUUAUGGUAAAGCAGUGAAACGAAUACAUCGAGAUAGCCACAUCCAGCUUGCACAGCAAGAAAAGAAAAUUUUAAAUAAUUUCAACGCAAAGAAAUCGAAAUAUGUUGUGAAUUAUUCCUUCUUAGAAGAAGAUACUGGAACGGAGUACGUCUAUUUAAUAUUAGACUUAUAUGAGGAAUCGUUGGAGAGUUUUGUGAAGUCUUCUUCUUUGAAACAUCUUCAAAAAGCUCUUCCCAAAAUUAUUAGACAAAUUUUAAAUGGAUUAGAGGAUCUUCAUAGUGGCAAAGAACAUAUUCUUCAUCGGGACUUAAAUCCCUCCAAUGUUCUCCGAGACUCACAAGACGACUUUCUUAUAGCUGAUUUUGGCAUUAGUCAAACAUUGAAGAAUGGUUCUACGACACAUGAAAGCAGUCCUAACAAAGGAACGGAGUAUUGGAUUGCUCCUGAAUCAUAUAGAGAAGAUGAAAAUUCCGUUGAUAAAGGAUGGUACAUGAAAGAGUCUGAUGUAUAUAAUGCAGGAAUGGUAGCUUAUUAUGUUGCAACAAAAGGAGAACAUCCUUUUGGAAUUCAACGCUAUAGACUGGACAACAUGCUGAAGGGAGACCCUGUUGGUUUGAAAGAAAUCAAGGAUGAAACGUUAAAAGACUUUUUGUCGUGGAUGUUAAAUCGACAACCCGAAGACAGACCAACAGCUAAAGAGGCGUUAAAACACCCAUUUGUUUUGACGAAUGACGAGAAAUUUGACUUAUUAUGUAAAGCUGGAAAUCUUGAACAGAUUAAGACAAAUGAUUCCAAGUCAAUUGUUGUUCAACAAUUGAAUAGUGAAUCCUCAAAUUGGAAAAGUAAAAUAGACAGAGAUAUUUAUGAUUAUUUUAGAACGAACGUGACGACUGGAGAGAUUUUUAGGUAUGGAUCAUCAUGGACAGAGUGCUUGAGACUUAUUCGAAAUACUCGCGAACAUUGGUACAAUCAACGACGACCUCUACCACAACCAAAACCAUUUUAUAAGAUUGGUGAUUACAAGGCGUAUUUUCUCAAAAAAUUCCCCAAUCUCCCUGUUAGAGUGCAUGCUACUGUGAGGUCCAAUGAAAAAUUGAAAAACCAUCCAGAACUCAAGAACUUUUUAAAUUUCAGUGAAAAGAAACCGCAUCAAAAAUAAACAGUUUUUAAACAGUAAAAACAGUUUGUGAAAAGGCAAGCCUACAGGAAGAAUUUGUAGAUACUGUUGUAAAUUAUAAUUUCCUCAGAUUGGAAAAACAAAUACAUUUUGACGUAUAUCAUUA